AGAUCUCGUGCAGGUUAGAUGAUGAUGGUUAUGUUAUACUGGUUUUAGAAGUCAUCUCUGCCUGAUAGUAAGUACUUCAAUUUUAGGCUUAGGCUUACUCAUAAUUCUUAUCAUUUCAAUGCAUCCUCUUCGUCAUCGAGGAGCACAUCUUCCUCGUUAACAGAGUUGUUGUGAAGAAAAUGCGGCGAACCCCGGCGGCAUCUCCGCUGCAGAAGAGCGGCGGGGCCUCCUCGCGCCGCGGUCGGAUUUCUGCGCCGAAGAGCUAUAUUCGCAGAAAUUCGGACGAGCGAUUGCUACGCAGCGAUAGACGGCCUUCACCGGCAAACUUGAAUCUUGACGGUGACGAUGAGGGCCAAAAUAAAAGGAAUAAAAACUCUGCUACACAAGCUGCCUACAAGCGCACGGAGCAGCCAGACAAUAACGGCCUUGGUAAAGAUGAAAAGAUUGAUAGUGAGGAUAACGAUUUUGACUGGAAGUACAUUGGUGUGAAUUCGCCUCGUGGCGCCGUGCUACCGCCCCCACCCUUGGGAUUAUACCGUCGUGAGGAUGCUAGUGGGUCAACCGCGAGGGAGAAUAAAGGCUCUCUUGCAGUACAUCCAAAUGAAAAUAAAGCGACUGAGCAACAGCAGGGAGGACGUUGUGGCAAUCAGAAUCUCGUACAACCGCCGAUGGCAUCCAAGAAUGCAGGAGCAAGCGGUCACGGCGUCGCGGACCCGCCGGACGCAGCUUUACCCGCAACCAAUAUCAAUCUGAAUAUCGGAGGUGCUGCCACAGCAACGGCUAGUACUAGCAGUGUGUUGGCUCCUUCUCGUGGCGGAAAUGAAAAUGACAACACGGGCGCACCCCGGUUUGCGGCGACCAGUGCCACCACGUCGAAACAGAACGCGCCAACCCGGGCAAGACGACCGUUGCGACAGGCUGCGAAGCAGUACUAUCGCGAGAUGGAUCCCCUUUAUUACGCAGACAUGGCGCAGCGGUACGGCGCAGAUCUCAUCGGGGGAGCAAAGCAGUUUCCCGAAAGCCACUCAAAGAAGAACAAGAGGACUCUUCUACUUGGCAACGCAGACAUGCAGAUGAACGGCCUCCAGCCACAGCAAAGCGCGAAGCGCCGGCGGCCACUCGGCGGGAACGCAUUCGCAAAGAACAGUCCGUUUCAGAAAUUGCAGCUUGAUGUGCAACAUCUGCACGAGCAGACGCCUCCCGGUGUUGGAUCUUCUUCCCUCCUUCUUGACCCGCAUCGUCAACGGUCUAGGGUCGAGCCACCAUCGGACGCAAAGCGCACACCUGCUCAAACUGGCGCGUUGCUCGCGCACCGAGGUUCAGGACCUGCCCUGAUCUUGGCGACAGUAGAAAAUCAGAUGAGGGACAGCAAGAGUAAAAAAGAGGAGGAAGAACAGCCACAGAUAGCACAAGCCGCGUCUUUGCAAUCUGAAGAUGACGAUUUUUCUGUUGCGGAUGAGGACGAAGACGUCGAGGGCACCAGCAAAAAAAAUAGUGGAGAAUCCCCUGUAGCGAUCCCGGCGGGAGAAUCUUCUGACCUGGAUCAUCAUGCGGCCCAGAAGCCGGACUCGAGCCCGCCCCCGAACUUUCUAUACCGACCUGCGGCGGUCGCUGCCACAACGAAAUCGAGUUCCAGAGCGGCCAAAAAGAAUCAGAAGCCAGUUCGACGCAAUGAAGCCAGCAAUAAAGCCAACAGCAUGCUCAUACCACACGGCACAAACAACACGAAGGUGCCCGCUCUUGUGCCGGCUGAUUCGACAUCGGCAUCGACGCGAAGCUCGAGCAAUCUCCAGCAGCAGCGCCAACUGAUCCCUGUCCAGACGCAGGAUUAUAUGCGACUACCGGCUGGGCCUGGGGCUGGCUCUCUUCGAGCGCCACCCUCGUUCUUUGCGCCCGCACCAAGAGCGCCUGUCCUUCCCAGAAAUGGCGUCGAAACAAUACAGGAAGGGGGAGCCGUCGCACCUAAAGGCAAAAGCAAAAGUCGCAGUUUUGCUGCCUCUCUUGCGCACCGGACCUCCAACGCGAAAGUAGUAGCUACAGAAAAAAGAUAUGUAACAAGAGCCGUGGUAAGAAGAGCACGGGAAGCUGCUGCGAGUACAGCCCAGCAAGAGCAGGUGGUGUUCCAACCUAGUACUACUGGAACUCCCACUGUUGGAGCUGGUCCUGUUCGUAUUUCACGUGGAGGCCUCGGCGACGGUGACGGAAGGAGUAUUGCCGCCUCCUCGAAACCAUCGAAAGUUGCAAGCGAUUUGGGGCCUGGUCAGCUUACGCUGCAGCAGCUGCACCAGCAUCCGCGCGCAGGUGGAUCUCAACUACACCCGGCGCAGCUUAGCUUUUACACGCAGCAGCCGAAGCUCUUCUAUCCCACCCCGCAGAGUAGCUCCAGCGAGUCUGUUCGAGGCGCAUGUUCAAUCAGUGAGGUGCAAUGCGACGUCUGCGGCAAGUGGAGGAUAGUCGACGAUGAGGCUUACGACCUUGUCACGAACAGGUACGGCGACAAGGUGCGCUUCGUCUGCGGGUACGUUUUCUGUUUCCGUUCCGUUUUGUGUGUAAUACUUACAGCAUUCUGUACUAAGAAUACUCGUCAUAAUAUCUGAGGCGGACAUCAGAAUUGAAUCACAAGAAUCAGGAGUAGAGUAUCGUAGUCUACGAUGUACUGAAGCUCUUAUGAGAAAUUUGGUGCGCUAGCACUAGUGCUUGCGUUGUCAUUUUCGGCGUCCUAGUAUGUUUCAUUCCUGGUGAGACAAGAUGCAGAUUCAUAACCUGAGGUAUUUGUUGGGCGCGAACUGCUCCAUCGAAGACGAUAACGGAAAAGGGCACUCGAUUCGUCCGCGAGCGAUUCUCCCGUCAGCGAAAAGGCUUCUGGACAAGGAACUCCAACAUGUUUUGCAGCGCGAGGCUACAUAGGCGUUCCGUUCGCCACAGGACAGAAGACGCGCAUAGUGGUUAAGGCCGUCCCGCCGGAGAUUUAUACAGGUCGUCGCGCCUUGCCGACUGAUCCUCGUACGAGGGGGAUGGGGCGUGAACAAGCGCGCCGACGCUUGCAACAAGGGGAAGAAGGGAGGAAAAUUGAUGUAGCGGCUCAGAAAACCGCAGCGGCAGCAGGAGCCGCGUCCUUCAUCCUCGCUGGACAUAAUACACGACUUCGUCCGCUGCAAGGGUCCCGUUUGCGUUUCGGCGGACGCAAAAAAAAGUGACGUGGCACGGAGUUGGAAUCCACCGAAAAUGAACGCAAAUCACGUUGUUGCGUCUUCAACUUCUUUGGUACUCGAAGAAGACCAUCCCAGCUCCUGCGUAGUUUAGAUUUUGUAUUCAAUUGUAUGGGAAUGGCGUCAAAUGUUCAAUGGUAUCUCACUCCUUCAAUGCUCAAACAAAGAAACCAUCGAU